AUGCUACGACGGGAUGCAGAAAAACAUCAGCAAGAAUAUUUUUUUGACAAAAUUCGCACUAUAAAUCUAGAAGUCAUUUUAGACAUCCAAAAAGAUGUAGAUCCCUAUGAUAUGAUUUCGCUGGUCUUUUUAUUAUAUAAAGUGCCUGAUACUGCCUUGCAAAGACUGAUUGUUUUUCAACGGGUUUCAAAAGAUGUAAGUUAUAACAAUAUGAAUUUGUUAUAUGAUUGGGCUUUAAAUGUUCAAACUAGUCCUACAUGGAGAUAUGAAUUUUUGGAGGCACUAACUAUUUGCCGUCUGUACCAUGUAAUUAGGAAAUUAGGUUUCAAUGUCUCUCAUGUCAAAGAACGGUAUUUGCCUCGCAAUUUAAAUGUAUGUAUCUAUGUGAAUCCUAUGAAAAAGGCACUUUAUAAAUUAUGUGAAAAUAUAAAUGCAAAUAAUCUUUUGAGAUUAAAGAAAGCACUUUUAACAUAUGAUAUUGAUACUUCGGAGUAUGAAGUCUGUGAGUUAAUAAUCUUACAACUUAUGUGUCAGAAGUUCAUUACUCUCAGUCAAAAUAAUAUUGAAAGAACAUAUCGUAAUAAUAAAUGUGAAGUCGAAAAACUUAUAAUGAUUGUUGAGAAUAUUUCUGGAUUUAAACAAAUAGCAUCAGAAAUUAGAGAAAUACAAAAUAAAGUAAAUAAUGACUCUAGUUUGCCUUCUCCACAAAUAAAUAGUACUCCAGUAAUGUCAACUUAUGCAGCAGAUCCUAAAACCAAACUUGAUGAUAAAUUAGAGGAAAACUUCUUAGAUGUAUGUCAAUUGCAUGCUGAAGAUGUCUCAGAUGUAAUUUUAAAAUCUGACACAAAAUUUGCUACAGAUUCAUACCCUAUUAAAAAUACUAAUAGAAUUGGUAUUUGUUGUAUAAUUAAUCAGGAAGAAUUUCAUCCAUCUAAAGAAAGUAUUGAAGGUAACAUUCAAACAUAUGUACUGGACAAUCGCUUGGGCUCCACAAAAGAUCAAUUAGCCUUAGAACGUACAAUGUCAUCAUUGAAUUUCAAAAUUAGAAGCUGUUGCAACGUUAAUCAUAAAGAUAUGUUUAAAUUUAUAAAAUAUGUUAUACUAAAUGAUGUUUGUCCAGAGGACAGUAUUUUUGUGUUGUGUAUAUUAUCCCAUGGAAUAAGAGGACAUGUAUACGCAGCAGACUCUGUUAAAGUUAAAGUUGAAGAUAUUCAAAACCUCUUAGACUCUGAUGAAGCAAGCCACUUACAUGGCAUACCUAAAGUUUUAAUUCUCCAAGCAUGUCAAGUUGAUGAACAAAAUGCACAUUCACGGUUAGUGGCUGACGGACCAUUACCAAAUUAUUUUCUAAGAAAGUCUGAUUUUUUAAUUUAUUGGGCAACAGCACCUGAAUAUGAAGCAUACAGAGAUGAACAAAAAGGUUCAAUUUUUAUUCAAAUUUUGUGUUCUAUGAUUGCAAAAAAGGCAAGGCAUGAGCAUUUAUAUGACAUAUUUACAAAAGUGACUGAUUUAGUUUCAGGAUUUUGUGGUAAAUUAAAAUGUGCUCAGGUACCAAUUUUUGAAUCCACUUUGAGGAAAAAGUUAUAUAUGCAAAUUCCGCAACUGUAG